GCAGUUGCCCCAUGCCCAGGGCUCUGAGCUGCAGCAGGACUGGCGAAGCCAAAGGUGGGGCAGAAGCACCAGCCCUUUGCCCCAGGACCAGAGGAGGGCUGGAGGACGACUGGGCUGAUUGGCACCUUCUUCCCGCCCCCAAUCUCUAGCUGUUCCAGGUGACCUUUACCCCAGAUCCCAGGGUCUAGGCCCGCCCCUGCCGGGAGGUGUGGACAACACAGGCAGCUGCGAUUGGUCAGAGCCCCCAGGGGUGUGCCCCAGGCGCCAGCAGCCCAGGCCCUGGGCAAAGCAGGUGGACUCCAGGGAUAGAUCAGGAACCGCCUGGCAGCUGCAGGCCUGUCCCGCCAGACCCCUGCCCUGCAGACAUGGUCUCAGGCCCCCUCGAUCCCUAGCCCUGUGACCCUUCAGAGGUGCAGGCAGCCUAAGCGCCACCACCCCAGGGCCUGUGCCAUGCCCCUGACCAGGGCACAGCCCUCUGCUGGCACAGAGGACACAGAAACGGUGUCGCCGGCUGUGGACCUGGUGCUGGGCGCCUCGGCCUGUUGCCUGGCCUGCAUCUUCACCAACCCCCUGGAGGUGGUGAAGACACGGCUGCAGCUGCAGGGGGAGCUGCAGGCCCCCGGCACCUACCCCCGGCCCUACCGGGGCUUCGUGGCCUCGGUCGCCGCUGUGGCCAGAGCAGAUGGGCUGUCUGGGCUGCAGAAGGGGCUGGCCGCCAGCCUCCUCUACCAGGGCCUCAUGAACAGCGUCCGCUUCUACUGCUACAGCCUGGCGUGCCAGGCUGGCCUCACCCAGCAGCCAGGGGGCACCGUGGUCGCAGGUGCGGUGGCUGGCGCCCUGGGAGCCUUCGUGGGGAGCCCUGCUUACCUGGUCAAAACGCAGCUGCAGGCCCAGACGGUGGCCGCAAUGGCCGUGGGGCACCAGCACCACCACCAAAGCUUACUGGGCGCCAUGGAGACCAUCUGGCGGCAGCAGGGCUUGGCAGGUCUGUGGCGGGGUGUGGGCGGGGCUGUGCCCCGAGUCAUGGUUGGCUCAGCUGCCCAGCUUGCCACCUUUGCCUCUGCCAAGGACUGGGUGCAGGAGCGACAGUGGCUCCCGGAGGACAGCUGGCUGGUGGCCCUGGCCGGAGGCAUGAUCAGCAGUGUAGCUGUGGUUGCAGUCAUGACCCCCUUCGAUGUGGUCAGCACUCGGCUGUACAAUCAGCCCGUGGAUGGAGCUGGCAGGGGCCAGCUAUACAGGGGCCUGGCUGACUGCCUGGUGAAGAUCUGGCGGCAGGAGGGCCCCCCUGCGCUCUACAAGGGCCUGGGCCCUGCCUACCUGCGCCUGGGCCCGCACACCAUCCUCAGCAUGCUCUUCUGGGACGAGCUGCGGAAACUGGCCAGAUAGGGCUGGCGCCAGGGCACCUGGGCCACGUCCCUCACCCCCCCUGCAUCCUGACACAGCCUGUUGCCCCGCUCCAGCCAGGACUGGCCACCUCGGAGCGAGCCACAGGCCCCGGCUCCGCCGCAGGUCUGGGGAGAGUGUGGGUAGCUCUGGUCAACCCAGCCUGUGACCCCACCACCCGGCUCCGAGUCACCACCCACUCUGUUUUCCAGAAAGCUCUCUCCCUUCUCUACUUGGGGUGGCUUGUCCCAGCGCCUUCCUCACGGUUAUAACGACAGUUCUGGAGCCUCACCACAAGUGGGGCCACCUACCUGCGUCAGCUCGCUUCCUCCUGGAACAACAGUGUGAGCUCAUAAAACCCUCUUUCCCCAGCGAGGAAGCCGAGGCUCAGAGGGUGAGACCCUUGGA